AAACUCCCAUGUGUAAAAACUUUGUAAUCAGUCCCAUCAACCCAGAAGAACUCUGUUACACUGCCACUGAUCUCUCGUGUCAUAGCACAACUAGAAAAUGCGAACAAAAAUCGCCGAAUAUUGUUUGGGACGGCGAUGUUCACUUUGACGCUGGAAAUGGCUGUCUGAACGAAGCAGGAAGAGAAUAUUACAACAGUCAAGUUCUUCCCACCCUCAAAAAUAGUGAAGAUGGGAAAAGACUUCAUCAUGAAGAUUGUGAACCUUUCAGCGACGAGCCGGCUGAUAAAAGGUGCAUGACCGUGUCCAAAAUCGCAGUUAAUUAUCAAAAUCGCACCACCUCUAGAACAUCAUGUUGGAAACCAACGAACAUGAAAUGUGACCCUAUCAUCAAAAAGUGCAUUUGUGGAAAUGACGGCAACAUGACCGAGAUUCACUUUCAAUACGGGAACAAAAGUCAGAUUUGCUUUCUUCGACCUACGAUGGCGUGGAUGCCAGGAUACACUUGCGGUGGUAGGUCGAAGGCCAGUACAAUCUUCGAUGGUACAUACGUAUGCCAGUGCAAGUCCUCGUAUUAUCUACCAAAGUUUAAUGAUCAGUGCAAAAAAUGGUGGAUUUGUAAAGGUGCUCAAAUUACGCCAACAAAUUUUAUGAUCAUUUUAUUUACAUUCUUGGCUGCAAUAUUGUAAUUCACAGUGUUAUUCAUAUGC